GGGAGGAGUUCUUCCUGGCGCGGAUGCCACCGUCGCCACGGCAACGCUGCUUUACUGGGCCCAACGGAUUACGGGCCUGGGGCUGCAGGCGGCCGCGUGGCCUCGUGGGCAGCGCUAGCAACAUGGACAGUCUGUACGUGGAGGAGGUGGCCGCUUCCCUGGUCAGGGAGUUUCUUAGCAGAAAGGGUUUGAGCAAGACAUUUGUGACCAUGGACCAGGAGCGCCCCCGCUGUGACCUCAGCAUCAACAGCAGAAACGACCUCCGCAAAGUUCUACAUCUGGAGUUUCUCUACAAGGAAAACAAGGCAAGAGAAAAACCUCUAAAAACAAACCUGGAGCUCAUUACCAGGUACUUUCUUGAUCAUGUUGGAAACACAGACAGCAGUGACAGUCAAGAAGCCCCAAUCCCUGCAAUCCCUGCUCCAAAGAAAAACAACAAAUUGCCCUUGAGACACUCAGAGACCACACUGGUGAAUAUAUACGACCUUUCAGAUGAAGACACGGGAAGACGAACAUCAUGGUCAGAAGCAGGCAAAGCCAGGCAUGAUAAUCUGGAUGUGGACAUACUUGGUAAUUUCAUGUCUUCCAAAAAUACCUCAUACAAAAGUAAGCCUGCGCACAUGGUCCUGGGUGACAGCCUCCCUUUGGUUCCUGCGUGGGAGAAGGUGGACCAGCUUCACUCGUCAGAGCCUGGCAUAGAUGUGAAGAGGACAGUGGAGAGGACAAGACUGAAGUCUGGCCUGAUUGUCCGAGGCAUGAUGGCUGGGCCCGUCGCCAGCUCCCCGCAGGACUCUUUCCGCAAACGCUCUCUGAGACGGUCCUCAUCUUUGAGCAGGAAGCUCCAAGCCCCAGAGGAGAGCCAGCAGCAGUCUGAGCCUUUUGUCCACACCCCAGCCUGUCUGGGUCCACAGGAGGUCCCUGCUUCCAGCAGUGACUCCAUCUCCAGGAGCCCUCUGGGUCAGCUGAAUGAACUGUCUAUAGAGAAGCCAAAUGCCACUUCUAGCAGCCAAGGGUUGUCCCUGAGGGACAGACCCAGGCUAAGAAGCAUUUCAGAGGACAGCCCACUGGGGUACAGCCACACAGAAAUCAACACACCUUUGAAGCUGUACUUGCCUGAUGGGAAUUCCAGGAUGCCCCAGGAACGGCUGGAAAGAGCAUUCAAGCGGCAGGGCGGCCAGCCCCCAUCUCUCAGAAAGAAUCAGUUGGCGUCUGACAGGACGGGUGAUAAACCAGAUGCCCUGCAGCUAGAGGACGUUGAGGAUGAACUGAUCAAGGAAGACAUUAUCUUGUGCCCACCUCCAUCCAUGCUCAAGCUUCAAACUGUGUCAAAACCAAUUGACCUCUCACUGGCUAAGGAGAUAAAGACCCUUCUGUUCGGCUCUACCUUUUGCUGCUUCAGUGAAGAAUGGAAACUUCAGAACUUUUCCUUCAAUGACAACGCCUCGUUAAAAUAUGGCAUUGUGCAGAACAAGGGUGGUCCUUGUGGAGUUCUGGCAGCUGUUCAGGGCUGUGUGCUUCAGAAACUCCUGUUUGAAGGAGAUACCAAAACCAACUCGAAUCUCCGGCUGCAGCCCUCAGAUGCCCAGAGGACUCACUGCCUUGCCCUGGCCAUUGCUGACAUCCUAUGGCGAGCUGGAGGCAAAGGGCAAGCCGUGGUGGCACUGGCUUCAGGAACACCGCACUUCAGUCCAACAGGGAAAUACAAAGCAGAUGGAGUCUUAGAAACACUCACACUGUAUAGUUUGACCAGCUCUGAGGACCUGGUGACUUUUCUCCAGCAGAGUGUUCAUCAGUUUGAAGCUGGACCCUACGGUUGCAUCCUGCUCACCUUGUCUGCCAUCCUGUCCAGGUCCCUGGAGCUUGUCCGCCAGGACUUCGAUGUCCCCACCAGCCAUCUCAUCGGAGCUCACGGAUACUGCACGCAGGAACUUGUCAAUCUUCUCCUGACCGGGAGAGCUGUGUCUAAUGUUUUCAAUGAUGUUGUGGAGCUGGACUCAGGCGAUGGGAACAUCACGCUCCUCCGAGGCAUCGAGGCACGCAGUGACAUCGGUUUCUUAUCUCUCUUUGAACACUACAAUGUGUGCCAGGUUGGCUGCUUCCUGAAGACACCAAGGUUCCCCAUCUGGGUGGUCUGCAGUGAGAGCCACUUCAGCAUCCUCUUCAGCCUACAGCCAGAGCUCUUGUGUGACUGGAGGUCUGAGCGGCUCUUUGACCUGUAUUACUAUGAUGGCUUGGCCAACCAGCAGGAGGAGAUACGGCUGACUGUUGAUACCACCAAGACCGCCUCAGAGGAUAGCUGCAGUGACCUUGUCCCUCCUCUUGAGCUCUGUAUCAGAACCAAGUGGAAAGGGGCAUCCGUGAAUUGGAAUGGCUCAGACCCCAUCUUGUGACCCUUGGAUACAUGGAGUUCUAUGGCUUCAACAUUCAUCACUGGGAUGACCCCUGGACCCCAGGUCUUAGGGUCAAAUCUCUUAAAGGUGUCACCCUGCCUGAGUCUGCAUGGCCACAGAGGCAUGCCAUGUCUUCCAGUGCCUUCCAUGAAGGGCCGUGGUCGGCUCCUGGGCACUGCAGAGGUUCCCUCCUGGCCCAGCUGUGACUGCCAAAGGACAGGAAGGAGGCUACCAGAGACUCUGGCCUUUCAUUUGCAUCCUUCCUGGAUAGCCCUCUCUCCAAGGGCUAUCACUAGUGUCACUGGCCUUGGGGACUCUGGAGUCUUGUUACUGCAGCUUCCAUAAAGCAAAGUCAAGCCUAUAA